UCUCGUGAUCCGCAGCCAGUCGGGUUCGGCCAUCAGUCGGCACUAGUCAGCGAACGUGUAAAGUGGUUUGUCGCGAGCACGCGCGUUAAAGGGAUGUAACCGCGAGCGUCGUGCGCGCAACGAAAAUGGCGUAGUGGCCGAGCGUGAGUGUUGUCGUUCUCUCUCUCGCGUUUCAUAAACAGCGAAAUUCGCCGCUAAGAACGCCAUCGUUCACAGCGGUGUCGGUUCUCCCAUUCUAGGGACAAUCGACGGAGAAGUGCGCCAUGAUCGAGUCGGGACGACGAACCCGGCGACAUUGUUAGGUGGAAAUUUAUGCAGUGUGUACUCCGAGUGUGCUUUUUGGUGAAUCGAGACAAAGGAUCCCGAUGAUCGAUGUAUCUAUUUUCUCCGUCGUCGUCGCCGUUGUUAUCAUCGCACGUCCGCUAAUGACGCUGACGCGAAUGACCUGAACGUCGCAACGCAACGCGACGCGACGCGACGUGACGUACGCGACGCGACGCGACGUGACGUGACGUGACCCGUGAUACGCGAUUAUUAUCCGGUCGCGACGUGUAUGAACCCCGAAAAACAGGCGAGGAAUGGCCUGCUGCGCGGCCGCGACUAGGAUUCGGUGAUCCUGCCUGCUCGUGACAGUUCGACGACUCGCUCCGAUCUGGGCGAGACCAAGAUGGCGCCACCGGCGUUUUGACACUUGCCGAAGGACGACCCGUCAGCUGGACUUCACCGCCGCCCGUAGGCGAUCCGUCUAUUAUGAGCAGAGAAUUUUACGUACCCUGCACACCUUACGCCUAUCAGCAGUGCGGCAGCGGUAGCAGCGGCGGCGGCGGUUCGACGGAGGGUGUCGUGGUGAACGUCGGUGCCGGUAACGGCGUCGGCAGCGGCAGCGGCGGCGUUGGCGUCGGUGGCAUGGACUGCAUGCCCCUGCGUCCCGGUCCAUUUCACUACCUCAUCAGCGAGCAAGCCAAGUCCUUAGUGGCCCUGCAGGAACUGCAGAAUGAGGUCGGCGCUCUGCUCGAGUUCCGGGACCUCGUCAUCGAGACGUUCCCAAACCUCCGGCACAAGAUGGCUGCGACGGCGUCCGCGGGUGCGUCCGUGAUGUCGUCCAGCUGUACCCAGAGCUCGCACAUCCCGUUGCCAUUGUCGAGCCCGUCCUCACGAAGGAUCAGCGAAUGGGAGCCUGGCAAGAUAAGGCGACGAGCGACGCGCGAAAGUAGCGGUGGCGGCGGCAGCGGUGGAAGCGGCAGCGGAGGAGGAGGUGAAUCCUCGUCCUCGUCGCUACCUAGAAGCCGUAGCAACUCCCACAGCGGCGGCACCAAGAACAACUGCAGUGCGACGGUCCAAGAUUCCGGUUUCAGCACGGAGACUUCGUCGAAGGACAGCGCCUCGACGGCAAUCGCGCCGCGAGCGAAUAGUCCCCGACCAACUGCGUUGGAUGAGGCGGAAGAUGAACUCUGGAACUUGUUGGACGUGAUCCAUCGCAAAGGGAUCCGGCUACGAGAAGAGGUCGAGUGCCUUCAGGGUCGCCUGGAAAGCGUUGCGACAGAGGAACUGGUGUCGACGGACGUGCUCGAGGCUGUGAAGAAGAUCACCGGGCUUAGCGACACCAAUAGGACGGUCGGUCGCGACGACAACAUCGUUGACGACGAGAAUGUCGAUCGACAGCAACAGGAUAGUAGGGACCCGCAAGUGAUAGCUCUCAGGCGGGAAAAGGAACAAUUAUUGGAUAAGGUGGCCGAGCUUGAGGCGGAGACGAUAUCGAGUCGCGCCCGAGCUCAGGAACUACAGACAGAAUUAGCUGCUCUGUCAGCGCUAAAGACUGGUUUGGAAGAUCGGUUGCGGGCUGGACUGACUGAGAACGCCUCGGAGAUCUUGACACCAGGCGUUCAAAGAUUGCAACCGAUCGUGCCAGUGGUUUCCUCACCGAAAAAUGCUAAUAAUGUUACGAGUAUCAAAAGCAAAGGUUCAGCGUUUGCAUCGGUCACUGGUAGUCCUGGAAGCAAGGCUCACAAGAGCCGUUUCCGCACGAGGACAAUCGAAAAGAAUGUAUUGCUGGAUGUUGUCGGGCGCAAUGACGACACACGCAAUGUCGACAUCGACGUUGAGGCAAACGUGAAUGAAAGGCGAGCCAGGCUGGGAGCACUCGAUUCCAUUCUGAUUUCGCCUACCAGAGUGACUCACGUGAAAGACGUAGACUCAAGGAAGAUCGCGGCCAUUCUUCGUGAGCACUCGCCCCUCGAGCUUCAGCGGCACCUAAUUACUACUACCGUCCAUAAUCAGGUUCUACAAAAAAGACUAGACGAAGUGAAAAAGAGCACAGAAAUUCUUUCCGAACGACUGGACAAAGCUCGCGAGGAAAAUGAUGAUUUACGAUUCCAGUUGGAUGAACGAAAUAUCGAACUGGAAGGCACACGGGCGCAAGUGCGUGUACUGGAGCGUCUUCAUCAACGACCGCCGACGGAAGCAGAGCCUGAAGCGGAUUUGGAACAGCCCAGAUGCGAACAGAGCGGUCUCGAACCAGGCAGCAGUACAGAGUCCGCACGAGAUCAUCAUCAGCCGGUAGAAAUCAAACCGUCGCCACGACGACGGCCUAGUCGUAUACCUUUACUUGGUAACGUGAGCGGCAAGAUAACGUCGACGACGCCUACAGCGAGCGUGACUGCGACGACGCCUGUGCGACCUAGUCACGGCAGGAACGACAGCAGAGAAUCGCUCAAAUCGCUAACGAGACCGCCGCGUGAUUCUAGUCGCGACAGCCAUGGUGGCGGCAAAUCGUUGUCGAAACCGCGUGACUCCAGUCGGGACUCGCUAGGUAAUAGGAGUCUAUCCAGAAACGGCGGUAAUGGAAGCAACAAUAAUAGCGUCGGCGGUGGCGGCAACAAGGAGACAAACCGGGAGUCGUCCUUGAACAACCGGUCCCUGCCGCGUAAUAAUUCCAGCCGAGACUCCUUAAAUAAAUCCUCCUCGCUGUCCCGCGCCCGUGACUCGUUGGAAUCUAACAACAACCUCGGCACGUCCUCGCCCACCACAGGAACGACUAACGCUCCCCCUCGACGACCGCCCGCUCCCGCACGCCGUUCCCACAGCCUGGCGCGCGCGGCGACGUCUGUCGAUGCGUCUGAGAACGGCAAGAAUUGCACCGAACCACCGAGUUCCUGGUGCUCGACCAACAGCAGUUUCCGGCAUAGCGAUUCGUCGCUCUACCCGGACUCCUUGAAUCAAGAGACAUCGUCCGUCACCGGUUCCACGCGGGUAGAAUUUAUAAUCGGCUCGCCCACCAGGCGCUUCCGCACAAAUGCCACGUGGCCUCAUCGUUAUUUCGACAGCAUUGACUCAGCGGCUACAGUGCCGGAGAGCUUGCUAACCGACGAGUUCCCUUUGCGAUGUGGCGAAGCCCUGGCGGAGUGCGACUCGCUCGAAUGCCAUCCGAUUUCGAGCGAAGAUUAAACGCACCGUUUAUCACGAAACUAAUAAAAUGGCGAGUCGCGUAGAGUAAAUUACUUGCUCUUGCUUCUUUCCAUUAUUUCAUAUUGUACCAUUGGCUCUGCUUUUACGCGGCCUUAUUUGCAUCGUGUCACCGACGAAUAAAUAAUAGAAUUUUA